AUGGAACUCAGAUCUGGGCAGAUCGGUAAACAAAGCAGAAUUAACGAAGACGAGGCAUGUUUGAAGGUAUGAAACGCUUUAUUUCUCCUUACUUUUUACCGAUAUAGUCUCGAUUUGAGAAGUCAUGGAUUUCUGUGCGAUUAAACAGCGAUGUUUUGAGCAAUUAAUUAACCCGAGCUGGCCGGGAAUUCGAGAUGCAAUCACUCGUCGAGUCGCAUUUCACUUGAGCCGUGUCGUUUUUGUCUUGAGCAUAUUGUCUUCUCGUGAAUGUUAAGACUUAUUCGUAAUUGAGGCAGAACAAUCCUUAAGACGACAAUUAGGUUUGCUGUAAACAUCACACUGUCCGUGACACUUCUUAAUUCAAAGCAAUUUAGUGACGGAUAUUGGCUACUUCGAGUGCAGGUAUAAUUCAUUGUGUGAUUAGUGUAAGCUCCACCGACGAUGUAAAAUAGCCACGAGUUUCAGUAGAGAUCCAUAAGAAUCCAAGCCUAGGAAGAACCUUUUUUAUGUAGCCGGGUGGUGAUAUGUUGGAAGUUCUUUACUAAAGAAUGAAGUCUAGUGUAACUCGAUGAGCUCAAGAGGACAAGAAUGAUGUAGGUGUGUGAGCUUUAAAGACUUAGCUCGCUCGAUUUAUUUUGUCACAUAUCACAGAUUAGCAAUUGUAGUUGUCAGUUUACAAGUUUCAGCUUAUGAUUUUCUAGCGCUUGUUAUCAGUAGAGACCUGAAGACAGAACAGCUUUUUAAUGAGUUAAGGCGGAGAAAUGGGAGUUGAACAAGUCAUCGAAUAAUACACAUUUUUUCAGUUCUUUUGCUUUGACGCCUUUUGGCAUAAUUUCGUUUUGAUAUUGUUAUUAAAGAUUCAUAGGAAAUAGAAACCACAACAAAGAGGUUCAGCUCAUUUUUAAUAUGUGAUUUGGACUCGCACAGAAGAGAACCAGAUGUCCUCAGCUGGGAUUCAUAAAUCUCUAGUUGAGUGACCUCUUUGAAAUAUGGAAUUUUCGCUAUGUUUUCACAUGUUGAGGUGGUUUUAUUUUUUACGCGACCCAUGAACCAUGAUGAACGCUAUCUAGAUCUGGCUUCCAAGAAUUCUUUCCGACACGUACGUUCAAUGUUUUUCGACUUCCUUUAUAAUUUAUACUUGUUUGAUUGAGGAAGUAAAAUUGUUUGGGAGGACAGGUUUUGGUAAGUACAGGGCAAAAUACCCUAGAAAUUUUAUCUCUCAACUAGGGGAGAACUUUCUGUUAAAAAAUUAUUUCAGUCAUUUUAGGGUACGUGACAUGAAUUGAACUGUUUUCAAAUCUAUGUUAAUUUUAGCUUGAUGAGUCUGUGUCACUUGCUUUUCUCAACACUUUUUCCUUAACACGAGAAAUCCACCUUUUCUGGUGAUUUUAAAAUAAAUGUCGUUGUUGUGUUGUCUUAGUUACCAAAAUAAGAUAUUUUGAUCGCAAGACAGAAAAAAAAAUAACAAUAAGCUGAUAUACUAUUUGACAUUUUAUAUGUGUAGAUUACAAUAACUGCCACAAAAAUACAUUGUAUUAUUUCAUACAUUAUACUAAAGUGCAAAUUGGAUGAACAACAAAAUGAGCAAUAUUAUUAUUUGAAAAGAAUCGAAGUUUUAGUAACUUGAGAGCAACUUUGUUGUGUAGUUCCUUUCCAGAAUCUUUUUCUAGAGAUUUAAAAUAUAUUGCUCUUAUAUUGUCACUGUGUCAUAUAAGGACUUCUAAGGCCAAAAAAGUCUACAUAGUAAGUUCCUACCAAAAUUAAACAAUAAGUGAGAUAACGCCACUGUUUAAUUUGUAACAGUUCCAUUUAAAGUGGACAAUCUACAUUUUGAAGGAUACAUAAUAUUAUAUUAGGCAAGUCAAGACUACUUAAAUGAAAAACUACAGACAAACCUGAUAUAAUGAAGUGCCAAGAGCCUGAGAAACUCUGAGGGUAUGUUAUAUCAAGCUCCUCUUUCUACAUACAUUUUGACGUAACACAAAGUUUAUUAGUAUGUGAAGGGGUUCAUCAAAGUUAAUUUUUAAGAUGCUGUCUUGAGAAAAUAACCCCUAUAUAUAAACAUCGUGGUUCAAAAUUACAUGUACGUUUUGUUCAAAUUUGGAUUUUUACUCAUUUUUGUUAUGGUGACUUCCAUAAUUAAAAAAAGUUAACCACAACUUACUGUAUAUAAAAAUAAUAACAACUGGCAACUUUUGAAUUACAUGUAUCUAGUUAUCAUAAUAGCUAUAAAUACUGAUAAUUGAAGAAUUAUUUGAAUCUAUAAUGCUAUCCAUGUUCCUGGUUCAAUCAAGGUUGUCCUGCAAGAAGAACUAUAUCACAUUAAUUAAGCUGAAUAGUAAAGUUUUCAUUUUCCUGAAAGACAAGAGUUGAUAGUUUCCUGUUGAUGAACAACAACUACUAAAAUCAAUCCCUAAUGUUUUCUUUAUAUAGAGGAUCCCAUCUAGCGGUAGACUGAAGUUGUUUGAUUUGCUUAUGUUAACCUAUUAGCAUUCCACCGUUUUAUUGGUGCAGGCAGUAACUGUUUUACACUGAUAUUUCCUGAAACUGGCAGUUCAGUCAUGAAUUAAAUUGCAAUGUCAUUGUUAUCAUGAAAUGCUGUUAUUUUUCAAAACAGCAUGCAUAUUUCAGCAAGGUUUACUAAUUUGUGGCUAAGAAUAUACACUCAGCACUUAGUAACCUGAUCUUAAUACUGAAAAUAGUUUUGUAGUGAAAAGAAAGGCUUUCCUACAGGGAGUUUUGCUUUGCAUGUACAAAACUGCAGUAGUUUAUGUAGAUCAGACAGUACUGCCUCCUAACUUGACAAGGUGAGCGUCUGAAAAAGCCAUGAGAAUGCUGUUUAUGUUGUCAUGUAUGUUGUUUUCAGCGGAAAGUAAUGAUUCAUUCCUAAUUGAAAAGUUGUUGAAAAUUUUAACAAUGUAUAGUGUAGAACAGCUUUUUUUAGCACUUCACUAUUUACAACUGUUAUUCUUAAAUAAAAUGAAGAAAAAAUAGAAUACACUCAUUUUGUCAAGGUGUUUAUAACGGAGCUAGGUGGCUUUAAUUAGUGAAUUUGAUUUGGAAUGAAAAUAUGUUGUCAUCAAAGCGUUAUUUUUGAGGUCAAGUAUUGCGAUUGUGUUACAUAUACUCUGUUACUCAUGGACUUGUUGGAUUGCACAGGGCUUUGUUUAGUGAUAUUUGUACAGAUACUGCUUUGUGGUGUACAGUGUAUCUCUUUACAAAUUGAAGCUUCGUCAGCACAAUAUCAAAUUCCUUUGUUACCACAAGCAACUACUUCCUCUAACAACACGUUCUUUGGUGUGUGAGAGAAUCAUCAGUGAAAUUAUCAAGAUGUAAUAGAGACUGCCAGUUUUUAAGACUCAAAAACAACAUCCAAGUGCAGAUUGCAGGUAAAUUGUUGUGGAACAUUUUGCUCAGCAAGCUUGUAAAUAUCUCUGUGAGAUUCUUUACGGGUUCAUGUCUUUUGAAGAACUUUCACUUUGUGAUUUUGCUACUCUAUAGCUGUUCAAAGGAGCAGGAGAGUGGAAAAGAAGGUGGUAGUAUUAAAAAAUUAAAUAAUUUUUAGUUUUCUGGGAACUUCUGCUGCAAGUGGUAUAUUUUUCUCUAAGGAUGCAUGCAGUUAAAAGAUCUGGAGUUUCUUGGAUUUUCUCAAUCGACCAAAAAAUAUUUCGAAAUUUAAUGUCAUGUCUGGAUCUGUUAAUUGAAAGCCAUUGUUAUAGAAAGAUUUCUGUUUGUUGGAAUCUAUCUCUGGAUUUUUUGUUUUAUCAGGGAAUCCAGUAAUAGAUGUUGAUAAUCCAAAAUCCCAUUUAAAAUACAUGUACACUCUAAGUUAUCUCUUUGAGCAUCUCAUGGUGUUUUGAAACAGCUCCGCUAGUUAGUCUUUCUUGAAUGUGUCAGAAAGUCUUAAGUAUCGUGCCCGAAUAAGGCUUUCACAAGGUGUGGCCAAACUGAGUAGUUGGAACAGUCAGUAAAAUGAUGUACUUUGUAUUUAUGUUUUUUUAAACUAAGUUUUCUCUAAUUAAUGAUGAGUUCUGCACAAUGGUCCCAUUCCAUUUCAGGACUACAGAUCUCCAGACAAUGAUAUUCAAUGUGUGUGCAUGUGUAAUACCUUAUCAACACUAAUUUUGUAAUUUUUGAAAAAUAAACAGUAAUAAUAGUAUUAAAACUGGACGUUGUGUAAUUUGUGCACCCCUCGGUUGAGUAUCGGUCGACACUAUUGGUCGACUCUCUGUUGAUAUGUCGGCUGAUAUGUAGAGCGAUAGUCGACCGAGGGUUGGAUGACAUAUCGAUCGAUUGCUGGUUUUCAGUGUCACACCAUUCAAAAUAGAUCAAAGUAAAAAUCAAAACUGUUCAAUAGAUAAAGUCCACAAUCUGGAAAAUGAAAGGAGGUACAUAUACAAAGCCCCUCGCCUAGAUUCAGGUCAGACGAUUAUGUCGUAUACGAGAUAUCCGAAGAAAUGUUUUACCCAAACUUAUAGAGAUUUUUAUGGAGACGCCAUGCUGGUGCUCACCUGGGUGAGCUCCAACAUGGCGGACGGAAACCAACAGAAACAUCUGUUACUGAGUUUUGCAACAGAAGCAUGAAUUUAUUCUUCACGAAACUCAUAAACAUUAAAGUAAUACUUUUUCUAAUACAUGAACUGUUUAGAUAGCAAAAUGUCCUGAAAUAAGUCAUUUUUUUAACCUACAUGACAGCUCUCUUGGCCGUCAUGUAAAUGCCGCUUCACGUUAAAGCGUAGAAAUUCAAGCGUACUCUUAUCACAAAACCAAGAUGCCUUUUGAAGCGAAAAUUUGUAUGAAAAUUAGCUCUAAUGCAUUGUGAAAGUAAAAUCUCGGUAGGAUCGAUAGUUUUUCAGUUUGAAUUUUAGUGGCGUCAUGUGAAAACCAACAAUAGGCUACUAACAUUCGGUCAAUCCUUCACUGAUACCUAGUCGAUGGUAUAUUUUUUGUCUACUCAAAUUUUUGUUAUGUUGUCCAUGAAGCAAUUUUUAAGGGGCUUUGGCAUCUUUUACCAGUCUAAUGUGAAAGCAUUAUUUAGAGUGUGUGUGGGAGGUGUUUUUGGAAAAAAUAGGGACUGCUAUGGCAUCGCCUUUGAGAGGUGUUCAAGGGCAACCUAACAUUAUAACAUGUGUAGAACAACGGUAGAAAUGUGGCAAGUAGAUGCAGCGAGGCUGAUGUUGGAUGAGGUGAACAACAGAAUGGAAAAAAAAAUUUCAAACUCUCGAACCACGAUAUCUUGCACUAAAAACUGAAAGCCAGCUCCCCUCCUCUGAUUAACACAAAUUAUAUUAUACAACAGUGGACGGAUGUGCCACUGAUAGUCAACCUAUAUUCCACGGACGUCCACUGAUAAUUCACACUCCCCGUAUCAGCCAAGUGUUGACCGGUAUACUAGCCAUGUAUCGGCUGGUGUAUUGGUCAACAUGUUGGUCAAUAUGUCAACCAAAAUGUUGGCCAAUUCACCGGCCGGCAUAUUGGUUGAGUGUCCUCCAACAGUCACUUGAUAUGGCGAUCGAGAGUCGGCCGAUACGUGGUCAACAUAUCAGCGGAUAGUGCCAACUGAUACUCGACUGAGGGGUGUACAAAUUACACAAGAUCCCUAAAACUUAUGGCGUACAUGUUAUUCUUGUUUUUUACAUUGCAAGGUUGUGCUCCAGGAAGAAUUGAAGGCAUCCCAGUGCUCUGAACUUGUGAAAUGAUUUUUAUGAAAAAACUAAAAUCUUCUAGUCAGUCAAGAGUAAUAGGUGUCAGGGGUCAACAGGUACUACUUGAAAACAUCCUUACAUUGUACAUUGUCUUGGUUAUUUAUUCCCAACAGACACAAAUGUCAAAGUCGUUAAAUUCAAGCACAAAACAGAAGUUGGAUUCAAGUGUAACAGGCAGGAGAAAAUCAAGUCUGGAAAGAUCUUUGCGGUCUCUCAAGGUAUGAGUAAAGCUGUGUUUGCCUACAUGUAACUUUAGGUGUAACUGUAUUGCAGUGUUUGGUUUGGCAAAGAAACCUUAAAGUCAGUUCUACAUUACCAUCAAAGCUAUUUGAUGUGUCUCUACAUGUGAAUUUGCUUGUAGCCUCUAUGGUAGGAACUUUUAAAGGUUUUACACAAGUAAUCACACUUGUUCAUCCUGCACAAAUCCUUCACUUUUCGUGAUAAGUAUCUACCAUGGGGUCUGAAACAGCUGGUGUUAUUUUAUGCCAAAGCCAGUUCUGUUGUUAAGAUUUCAAGUUGCCAGGUGCAUGUAUAUGCAAUAGUUAGAGGUUUCACUGAAAGCAUAUAUUAGUAAUGUGGAGUUUGUUCAGUUAUGAGAAAAAAUGCCUCCCUCCUCAGCGUGCAAAGAAAGUCAUGUCACGAUAGCCCGGGGCUAGUGGAUUUUACUAUCAGGCUAAUUAAUUCUGUUCUUAACUUGCCUGCCUGGCAAGCGAAAUUUUUUAAGGAAUUCUAAUCACAAAAGAACUGUUAUCAACCCUGUUUAUAAUCGGAUUAGUUAAAAUAACUUUUGGGCUAGUACUUGCUAACUACAGCUUGCUGGAAUGGCAAGUUGUAAAACUGACUUUCUUUGCACCCUGCUCUUUUAAAUGUCUUCUAUUUACUAAGUGCCGCUGCUUGAGCUCUGGGCAUCUAGAGUAAUGGAUAAUUCAUUAUAAGGGCUCCAGUUCCUCCAUCCCUGCACUCGUAAACAUCUUGAAUUCCGGCAAGUCCUUUGAGCAAGUAGCUUUCAUGGCUUGCUUACCUGUGACAACUACUUGCUUGUCUUAUGUAGUUAAUGAUUUAGUUGAAGGAUGACUUCCCUGAACCCUUGCCCACUGGUGAGCUUGAAAACUAAGGGACUGUUUACAUGGAGGGAGGAAGAUCCUAGAAGGCAGAGCAACUUAACAUUGGGUUUACUUUCGGAAAUUUUGGUCUGUGUGGUGCCCAAGUAGGAAAGGUUUGAGAAGGAAUUAAAAAUGAUGGGCGACAAAAACAAAAAUGCAAUUUUGUCCCUUCUGCUCUCUUUCCUGGCGUUAAUAAAUCCUUUAGCAGAAUUAUCACAAUAAUCAGUUUGUGGUAAUGCCAAACAAAAUGUUCAGCCUUUAUUUCUGUGAUUAUCCAAUGAACUACCUGCUGACAUGCAUUUUUGUCUGGUUUAUCCCUAGUACUAGUUCACAUGGUGCUAGGAUCUUACUAGUACUAGGCAGAUCCUAGCAAGUACAACCCUUUGUAUGUAAACCUAAUAUAGACAACAUAUGGCAUUAGGAUAAUCUGCUUUCUAGGAUCUUCCUGGUGCUAGGAUCUCCCUCCGUCCCUAGUUACUUGCUCAGCCAGAAAAUCUACCUGUCCUAGAAGACUGGACAUGGACUUUUUUUCCAAGCCCUGCCACCCCCUUGAUGUACAGGCCAAGCAUGAUUGGCCCAUAAAUGACAGAAUGUACAGGAAAAACAACAGUAAUAUAAGGCAGGGAUGUCACAAAUGGCCAGGAGCCUGGGAUUUCUCUUGAUGACUGUGAGCAUGACAUCCAACUACUUUCUUAGAAAACAAAGGGAAAAUAGCACCAAAAACUUCUUGGCUGUUCAAUUACAUGUAUUACCAAUUGCAUACAGUGCACUGUAUACUGAGUCUGUAUACACCUACAACUGAAAAAAACGUUGUCUCUUGAAAAGUAUAAACCAUGAACAAUGGGACCUAAUGGAUUUAUGGGUACAACUUUAUUACCAUUGCAAAUUUAAAGUUCUUCUCAAAAAUGUUUACAUUUACGAAGCUUUUCGCGAUGAUGCAUUCCAAAAAACGUAAAACAGUUUCCAGUAUUUAGGGCUCACAACUUCACCAGUUCUGGACACACAAGAGAUUUCUACAGUUAAAGAGCGUAGCCAUAUCCCUAACGCACACUUGAAAAUCAUAAGAUAGGACCUAAAAGCGUUCUUGGAAGACAAAAAAAGACAACAGCAUGCCUUAAACAAAGUACUCUAGGGAUUUGCAUCCGCACGAGCAUCUCGUGGCAAUGUAAACUUUUGUCGAAAGAACUUUUAAUUUGCUUUGCUAAUGAACGUAUACCCAUAAAUCCUUGAAACCUCAUCGUUCAUGGUUUAUACUUUUUAGUGACAAUGUUUUUUCAAUCAGGUAUAUCCAGCUGAGCAACUUGAAAUCAUAGUGACAGCUCCUGAAGAGGUACAGUGUAUUUUUUGGGAUAUAGAGGCAGGAUGAUAUGGUUGGUUGUGUUUUUGACAGUUACUUAAUUACCUAAAUGCAGUAAUUUAGCAACAAUAAUUGUUUAGUUUUUUGUUUCACUAUUGUUUUGCAGAUAAGAGGUGGCAGCCAUUUAAAUCUUAAAAACCUUGACAUCAAGGAUAUCAAGGUAAGCAAGCAAACAACUGCGUGUACAAGUCACGAUAUGUGCCCCUGCUAAGGGCAUAUCAGGACUAACCCAAGCGUAAUUGAGAAAACGGCAGACCAGCAUUGGUUCGAGGUUAACUUUGCCUUAAUUAAAUUUAAACCACGUGACAAAGGAUUGUAUUUUAAAUCCAAAACUCUGUACAAACUAAGGGAACAUUACUGUCUAUUAUUGUACAACUUCUGAAACAUAAGUACAUGUAUAUUAAGCUAAACAGGGUAGAAUAAAAGGAGAAGUGUGACUUCACAUUACCAUGGUAACAAAAUUUCAGGAUCACAACAAGAGGGAGCUUAAACAACAAUGACGUUGAUUACAAGGAGAACAGCAAAAAAGCAGUAGGUUUAUAUUAGCAAAACAACAACUUUGCAUGUGCGUCAUGCUUUUUUAUACAUUUCUUAGCUGUUGUUGUAUGUUUACAACAUAAAUCUUCCCAAUGUUGCCAACACUUGACAAAUUAAAUGAAAUAUUGAAAUAUUGAAGGCAAUGUGAUGUAACGACUUCUCCUCUCUAUUGAGCAAGUGGCAAUACGUAUGUAUAUCCAAAUCAGCCAAUCAGAUUGGUUGCAUUUUGUGGUUCAAUCUUUUCUUACACUAUUAUGAUCAUAGGUAAUUAGUUUUCUAUCUCUUCUCAGUUGUACACCAUUGUGUUAUUAUCCCUCUCAUACAAGUUCAGUUCAGUUUAGUUUAUUGUUUUUCCAUAAAGAUAUGCAAAACAAGAAGUUCUAAUUAAAUAUUUAAAAACUUAUGGCGAGGAAGCCCAAGGGAAACCAAGGAACAGGCUCCCUCAGUUACGUAAUUGUUACAACAAACAAAUGAACAAAAUAAUAUUAUACAUGCAAAAAAUCAAUGGCAGAGCUAAAUAUAUAUAAUAAAUUAGAUUAUAGUAUCAAUCAUAGUUAGGCUAAAAAAAAGCAAAAGGACAAUAAAAAAGUGAGAAUGGAAAAAUGAAAAUGAAAAGCAGAGAUAAAGAAAAAAUUGAAUGAAGAGGAUUACAAUACUCAUAAAAUGUAAAGAUAUUAGCCAGAUGAUAAGGAAAGUGGAGGAAAGUGGAAGAUCAGAAUGUCAUUUCCCACUCAUCCGCUGAUUUAGAUGUUAAUGAUGGUGAUUAUGCUAAAAUAAGCAUUUUUGUUUCCUAUAUAGAAUCAGUUUCGGAAAAGAAAACGCAGUGAUCAACAAGAUAGUUCACAGGCUAUGGAAGUUAAGGUUUGUUGCCUUAAAUUUUCUCGUCGUAGUAAAUGCCAUUUUAAGAGAGAGCUCUAGUUAGCUAAGCAACUGGCUUUCAGGGUGUGUUCACCAUGAAUACCUUUUGGUCCCCAUUCAGUCCUGCACAAUAGUCUAUUGUAUUGUGUUUGGUAUCGUGGCUUUUGUAUCUUGAUCUCCGUCAUAUCUUGGUAAACUGGAAUCAUGUCUAUAGGGGGUUACUAUCAGCGGAUGUAUCGACUGAUAUCUUGGUCGACUGUUUGUUGUCACUAGUCAGUCGAGUCUGUACUGAUCUGUGGCUGGUAGUCAGUACAGCCAGUACAGUUUACUGGUUGUUUAUGUCACAGUUCCUUAGCUACGUUUAAAAUAUAAGGUGAAGUAAAAAGACAACAAGAAGACAUAUGGUGUAAAGGGGGAGCACCAUUCUGCAAUUGGCACGGCAGAUGACUUCUAUAGUGUGACCAUUAAGCCUAACUUAUCUCCCCAGCAUUAUUUUUAAAGAUCUGUGCCAGAGUUAGUUUUUAAGUCCAAAACGUACAUCUUACAGCCUAACUCUCCAUGGCACUACGAGCUAAGAUCACCAGCCAGCAUCGUGCAACUUAAUGGAACAAGUGUAGGCAAUUAUAUUGUUCAAGCUGUUUAUCUUUAUAUCAGCACUACAAGCUGACACCACCGGCACUUGCUGGAAUAAUUGCAAUUCAAGAGCAUCACAAUAAAAUAUUGCAUUAAAAACAAAGCUUGGGAAAGUCACUGCGAGACUUAAACCAUCACAGAUAUGUGCUGAGCAUGUAUCCCCCACGCAAACCAUAAAUUAGAAGGAUGACACGCUGGCCAUCUGUAACGCAGCGGAGAGUAGCACGUUACGAGGUGUACAUAUAUAAAGUUGAUAGCAGUCUGACGACCAUCUGCUUAAAACCUUAAUUAACCAAUCUGGCAAGCCCAUGGCAGCUGCACUAGAAGCAGCACCAUUACCAAAGCUGUGCCCUUUAAGGGUCUUGAAAGGUAGGCUGGCAUGACGAGCCCCAUCCCGGCGAAGGUUAACAACUGCCGACCUGGUGAGCAGACGACCUGAUUGAAAGUAAAAAGGGGCCUGCACGUGCAGGCAGUCAGAAAAUAGUCGUGCAUGGCGGUCACUGCGCAGACCAGCGCGGUUGAACGUGCAGCAACAAGCAUGUGCCCCUGGCAAAAAGCAUCUGUCUUGGAGACUUUUAGAAAAAGAGGCAUUUGCUGUGGGCAAGCCAGACUUGGAGGAAAGACACACAGUUGGUAGAAAGGUUGACCUUGGAACAAAAUCUAGAGGUCCCUGGAUAAGUUAACUCACAUGAAGGCUGCCGAGACCAUGGAAAAAUCGUGAUCCCCCAACCAAGAGUUUAAAAUGGUCCUUAUGGCCAGUGUACUACAGGACACUUGGGUUGUUUACCAUUUACAUGGGCAGACCUGUCGUUGACGGUUUGGUUUAACCCUUUAAGCCCCAGUAUCUACAUACAAAUUCUCCAAACUGAUCUCUAUUCAUUUCCUUAAAGAAUGAGUUAAGAGAAUUUGUUAAAAGAUCAAGGCAUUUUUACUUAGGUGAUCAGUUUAUUAAUUCUCAUAACUUAUCUGUUGACAAUGUAUGGAUAUUUUUAGGAGAAAAUUGAUCUUGAUCACUAUUAGGACUUAAAGGGUUAAUGGUACAGUAAAAUUCAGGACCGGUACGUUUCGUCCCAGAAUUGCGUUUAUCAUUUGUAGAAAUCAGUUCCAAUGACACAGCAAAAAGCAAUAGUAAUACAGGGGCAGUAAAUGCAACAAUAGCAAAUGCUAAGUUAUCCUUCACUUUACUUUUAAAAUUACCAUAAAAUCACUAUUGGAGGCAUGCUUUUUGACAAAAAUCAUUUAACAGUUCUUAAAAUAAAAGAAGAAUCUUGCCCAUAAAGGGGGAGUGAGUAAAACCACAUGACAGUUUAACAGUCAUUAUAAAGUGCAUUUUUGUCAAGGGCUCUGUUGAGCUUUUAUAAAAUCACAACAAAAAUUAUUUAGCAAAGUACCUGUGUUACAUUAUUUUACUUACCCUUAAUCAAGAAUCUUGAAAAUUGAUAGCACUCAUUGGUAUAAUAUGUAAGAACUAUAAAAAGCUCCCAUGAUUUUUUGUUUUUUAAAGGAAUGCAUCUUAUGUGAGCAGGCUCAUGAUUCAUAAAAAUAAUUCGUUUGUUACACUAUCGUUGAUUUCAUGACUUUGGCCUAAAUCUGAAAUGCAUUUUCAGAUCAAUUACAUGCUUAUCCUCAUCACAUGACAACCUUUACUCAUGUCAUACUGUGCUAUGUUCAUAAAAUGUGUAAGUGAAUCAAUGUACAUCUUAUAAAAGAACUCUUAUAUUAUCAUAUAUUGAAGACUGGCUCAGAUAAUGGGUCACCACUUUUUUUAGUAACAAGGUCUUCUAAGACCACCUUCAUUAUAAUGAUGAGUAUUUUCAAUCAGUCAGGGAUUUUCUUCAAUCUUUCAUAGCAGUGACAACGGGCAUAAUAAACUUGAUCUGAUCAUUAACUUCAGGAAAUUGAUUUUCUUGUUACAAACGACUUGAUUGAUGACUUUGAAUUCAUUAACCACCCUGAAGACUUCAAAAAAUGCCCCUCAGUCCUCAACAUAACCCGUGGCAACACUUAUCUGUGGUUUCCUGUGGAACUGAAAUCAUCUAAUUGGAAUUAUUAUCCCUGUAAUUGCCUUUGUGUUCGUUGAAGGAGGAGUAAACGGGUUGCUCAACAUGUGUCCUGUCUGAGGUAGUAUAUCAUUUUACAAAUCAGGUUGAAUGAUCCAAAUUUAACCUUGAAACCUGAGCUUGAGCUAAAUUCUUGGGAUCAAGUUGCUCAGGUUAAUGAGAUCAGUUUCAUGAAAGGAGAACUAUUCAUAACACUUUUGGAUCUAAUCUAUCCAGUUAUGUUGUACAUCGGAAGAAAAGCAUUUUAGUUUGAACUGAAAGGAUUUUUCACUAACCAGGGUCUGGAAUCACACUGUCAUUUGUCAGGAGAUUUUGUGCAUGUGAAUAGCUUUUUGUUUACUUGUCCCAAGAGGUGACUGCUGUCAUACUUCACAAAAGACAGUGUAUAGAAGUGUGCCUUCUGACACAAUGCUUAAGCCACUGCUUCGCCGGCAUAGCAUCUCAACUGCUGCAACUUUUUUUGAGCCAGCUCCAUCCCCAACCAGGGCUGUUAUUCAUCAGGUGUUUAUUGCUUGAUAUUUUAAUUUAAUCUAAAAAGUAUUGUAUUUGCUUGUAUUGGAAACAAAAAAAACAAUGUUUUGAUGAAAUUCACCCUCUUUGUUGAUUACAGGAACCAUCAACGAAGAAGAUUUGUGCUGUGUCUAACAUAACGUCGUUAGCUCAGGCUUCUCCUGGUCCCACAAAGAAAGGAAUUUUGGUUCAGGUCUGUAAAAACAUAUGAAGAAACUUAUUAAAUUAAUAUGUAACACUGUUGUGCAUUUUUAAUGUUCUAGUUUACUAAGGAGCGUGGACACGUCAUGUGGCCUAAUGUAAAUUAACAGCUUUAAUCAUUUUGGGUCAUUUGCUAUCAGCAAUCACAUUGCCAUUGUUUAACUCUUCUACUGCUGUUUUUUCUAUUUUAAGCUGAGGAACAAACGUAACUGAUUAUCUUGUGAGGCCAAACCAUUGCUAAGUUUUGUUUCUUUAUGUCUGCUUAUGUUUAGAGUUCUAAAAGACUCCUGUAACUUCUGAUGUAACAUCUGUUUUAAAGAUUACAAUUUCCCCACUGUAAGGUCUUUGUCCGUCUUUAGUAAUCAACUAGGUUAUCAUUCUGAUUGCUAAAGCUUUUGCAUGUUGGGUUGAUGUGAACUUAAUUUGCUCUCCAGCGUUCUGUCAGCUUAAGGUCAAGUCUAACUGUUAAAGACAGUGACUUUGCAAAGCGUUACAGAGUACCACAGACUCCAACAAAGCACCGUCCAAGCAAGGUAUGCAGCCUGCCAUGUUUUGUGUCCUAACUUAAUUUUGUAGCAUAUCAGAGAUGAUUAAUGUGUUCUUUCAUUAGGAAGCACUUGUUAAAUUUUAUGCUGACUUAUCAAAAACAUUACACAGACUAAGCUUUGAUCACUGCAAGUUAACAUUGUUAGCUUGUGGAUCAAUUUUUUCUACGGAACUACAAUAAGAUAAUUUUGUAAUAGUUUUUAUGUUGCAUAUUUUGGAAUUAGGAUGUCAUGAUUAUUUGACAUAAUUCUUUUUGGUUACUUUUGGGGUGCUGUGCUCUCAAAGAAGGAAACACUUUCACUCUACAGUGUAGUUGGGCCUUUCAAAAGGGACUUUGAUCUAUGUUAUCACUUAAAUGUAUCUAAUCUUUUAAGUCAUUGUAUCCAAGUAGUGUGCAAAAUUUCUUACACAAUUGUGAAGUGACUUUAAACAGUGUCUUAAGAUGUGACAACAUUUUGCUUAAUUACCAUGUGCCGUCAGUCAUUCAACUUGAUUUGGUUACCAACUUGAGAUACGAGACAUCACUGUACUGUCAUUAUUCAGAUCAGGCAAAGCUUCAGCAUGAAAAAGUGGAAAAUUUUGGUGGCAGGAUUUUCCCCAAACUUGCUCAAGAGAGCCUACUCGCAGACUAUUUCUGAAAAAAAUUUUAGGGGUAUUUCUUAACAUAAUGUAUAAAUAAAUCAAUUAUGGGCAAAGACACAUCCCAGUAGACAUGACUGACCCAAAAUGUAUCUUUCUUUAGUAUCUCUGUUGCAGUAUUCUCCUACAUGUAGUCGAUCGUGAAUCACAUUUCAGUCUUAGCUUUUAUUUUCCUUUAUUCAUCAUGGUAAAUAAUGAUAAGAAUUGAUGUUGAUGUCUUAUAGGAGAAAACAUCUACAUUUAUUAUAAUACUAGUCUAUUCCAUAAUUCAAACAUUUCUGUACAUGAAUUUUGUUCUUUGUGAGUUUCCAAUCUUAGAGAGACUUAGAAUCUGAAUGGCAAAAAUGCCCUUAAAAGUAUUUUGAGCAGUGAUGAAUGCUUUAGAAUCACUUUUACUUCAAAUAUCAGUUUGCACCACAUGAUUAAUUGUUUCCUUUUACUUACUUUCAUUUUACUGGUUCAUUACUUUUACACAAAUAGUAAUAAUAAUAAUAAUAAUGAUAGUAAUACAUGUAAUAAUAAUAAACUUUAUUUACGUGUCAGGAUAUUUAGCUUACAAACUAAUCGGGGACACCACAAACACAAACACAGAAAUAAAAUGCUUAAGAUUAUAAAUAUAGUGGUGUAAAUUAGACCUAUAAAAUUGUAUGAUAAGAGUGUAUCGCUAUAUAUAGGAAUACAAGCACUAAAAAUAAAUUAACAGUGGCAUAAAUAGCAAUUCUGACAGCAUUAUAUCUAGUUCCGCUAUGUUUGUUGUUGUAAUUCUAGAUGUGAUAUUUCUAAUUUCUUUCCGAAGUUUAGACCAUGGGUAUGGUCCGAAAUAUCUGAUUGAAUGUUGACCAUAUCUAACAGUGUUGAAAUUCGGGAUGUUAUUCUCAGUUCUUAAAUUGUACUUGAGGGACUUAGUUACAAAUACAUCAUUCAAAUGAAAAAAUAUUACAAAUAUUAGUAAUUUUGUGUCAGUUUUUGUAGAUAGCUAUUCACUUCUCAACUCCAAAUUUAUGAAUGAUCUACAUGCAACAUUUCCUGUAAUACUUGUAGAGUUGAAUGUGACUUAUUUUGUUGUUGCUGUGGUUGUUUUUUUUUUGUAGCUCAUUGUUUACCAAAUUUUUUGUUUUGUUUCAGUCAUGGAGUGAUAGUGUUUCCAAUAAUGAGAUCAACAAGAACCUGUCACAGACUGAAAUCAAGAGACAAGAAGUGAGUAGCCUGUAUAGCGACUGCUUGGAAGUAAUAUGCGAGAUAGUAAAGGGUGCAUAAUGUAAACAUGUGAUGGGAGACUGAGCCUGUCUCUCUCGUGCACCCCAUUCUUUCUUGCGCCCAUUUAUACUUUCAAGUAAGCAAAUAAAAGUGAAAUCAUUUUAUUGCAAUGCCAGUGUUAAGAUACCACUGGACAACUAAACAGUGCUCCUACAGAGUCUUGAAUUCUUGAAAAAGUCUUGAAAUUUGCUCAGCAAUUUUCCAGACCUGGAAAAAGUCUGGAAAAUUGAGAUAAAGUCUUGAAAAAUGGUAAAAAGUCUCGAGUUUUUUUGAAAGCUACAACAAGUGCUUUAUAGGGAAUUUUUUUUGUCUUGCUCAUCAUGAAAAAAGCUUUGUUCCUGCAUUUUCUCAAGGUCUCCACUGAUCACCUAUUUGAUGACCUUGAGUCUGGAAAAUUAUUGUUUUGGGAAAAGUCUGGAAACAGUCUUGAAUUUCGGAUCUAAAAAUCUGUACGAACCCUGUUAAAAUUAUGUACUAAUUUAUUAGAUACAGUGUUAACACUAAUUUUAUUAUUAUACAAAGGAACGGAAAAUGGCAACUAAAACAAAAAGUAAAAACUAUACAAUCUUUUAGACCAGCAAGAUUAAUCCGGUUUCAAAAGAGCUAUUAAUAAUCAUAUGCUAGGUGCGAUCAUUCCCAAAGAUAAAGAAUUAGUAUAUUUUGCGCAGGAGAAGGUGUCACCUUCCUCAGAUAAAAACGGAGAGAUACAAGAAAACUUUUGUAAAUAGACUUAUUUUUAAAUAUAAUUUAGUAUAGUAUUACUCUAUCUUAUAUUACUAUUGUAUUUUAUCGUGUAUUUUUAAAUACUUUUUCACUGUAACUUAGGAUAUGUAUUUUUAUCCUUUGAUUGAAUAAAGACUAUUAUUAUUAUUAUUAUUAUUAUUAUUAUUAUGCAAAAGCUUCUAUAAACACAGACAAACAAGUUGUUCAAGAACUUUAAUUAGUGUCCGUGCGAUUGCUCUCAGUUGGUUAGACUAGAGUGUGCGUCCUUUUGUGUUCUGAGUUUGAUUCCCAGUUGUGACCUUAAAUUCUUCAUUUGACUGCUUUCCUUUUGGUGUAGCUUUAGGUAGCUUUAAAUACACGUAAAACAGAGCACUGCAGGAGAAGCAGGGAGGGGGGGAUUAAAAUGAGCGCACUGUCAGCCUCAGGUUUGUCAGUGAGAUGACUAUUUCGAGCUACCAAUGCAAAAUAAGGACUCUUUACAUUUUGUUACUCACUUAAUGAGGUUGAUAGUGACCUUUUCUUGUCCAGCUUUUUUUAGGAAGUUUGAAGGGUAGCUGCAUGAAGGGUAUCUGCAUGCAGGGUGGUUCGCAAAAGCACUGAGAAGGUUUUCCUGUUGUUUAUUUUCUUUGUCCUUAAUUUUUAGGCUAUUUAUGAAGUUUGUACUGGAGAAGAAAAUGUUGUCACUGAUCUGAAGAUGAUCAGAGAGGUAAAAUAAUAUAUGUAUAUAUUGAGAAUAAAUGGAAACUGAGAAAUACUUAUCUUUUCCAAUCUGUAAACGCAAGCAAUUCUAAUAACUAUGAAAGAUGAAUUUAUGAAAAUCAUUCGUAGGAACUGCAGGGUGAAGAAUUAAAUGAAAGAAGAUCAUCACUGAUGUAGAUGAAACUUUUGCAUGGGUGACUCUGAAAGAAUGAAUAUUCAUUGUCAUCAUUUUUUAAUGGCUUAUAACAAACCUUCUCGAUGUCCCACUCCCAGUUGCCUUGUGAAGUCAUGAUCAUGAUAAUGAUGAUAAUUAUGAUGCCGUACAUGGCAGUGUAUUUUCUAAAAAACAAACCCUAUUAAAAUAUUUAGCAUUGUUGAUUAUUUUGCACCUCUAAUAAAUAAUAUAUUAUUAUUGGUUGUGUUCAUCAACAGGUAUAUUAUGCACCCAUGUACAAAUUGAAGUUAAUGAAUGAAUAUGAAUUUAUGAAGAUUUUUGGUUGUUUAGAAGUUUUACUGGCUCUUCAUCAAGGUAGUAUACUGAUUCUCCCCAGUGUGUUAAUUAUCUUGAGUACUGUUUAAAUCAUUGUGACUUUACGUGUUUUGUGGUCAUUAACGAUUUAAUUGAUGUAAAUUAAUGGCAUCUUUUCUUUCAGAUCUCUAUACAAAACUUAAGAACGCUAGAUCAAGUGAUGGUACUACAGACAAUAUAGGAGAUAUUAUGUUAAACUGGGUAUGUUUAUAGUAAAAAAAAUAUUUUUUAAGUCAUUUUUAUUCCAACAGUAAAAACACUGACUCUUUAGGCUUUCCUUGUUAGCAGAGGUCUCUCACAGUAAGAGAAUAAUGAGAGGAAAGAAAAAGACCUCCUUUAAGUCUUUUACAGGCGUAAAGAUAGAUUUCCCUACCCUUUUAUAUACUUGAACAAGUGAAAACCCUACCCUUUGGCUUUCAUACCCUGAGGCCUGAAAGAGAUACCCCUUUUGUGCAGUCUCCCCCUCUAGGCCAUUAUAGGGAAUACUCCCCAGGACUGAAUGGUUAGCUCAGUGACUGUCUGCAAGGCUGACUGAUUUGGAUAAGUGACUGUCAAAUUGGCGCAGAAGCCUUGUUACAUUUUUAAAACGUAGAAAUGCCAAUUUCAGUUUCCAGGGUUAAGAUGCUAUGCUAGAUACUGUGCAAGUCAAUUUGAGGCAAAGACGAUUCUAGAUGAUAAACUUCAACAAGGGGGCAGUGUUGCAGAUUUUUUACAGGUAUUAUCUAGUGGCAGAGAGUCACACUUUGUUUUGUCUCGCUGAUAUGUUGUGCUCAUAAGAGUAUGGGGUUCAGUUUGCUAUAAGCUAAAAAGAUCACAGGGAACCCAAGCGUUCAAGGAGAUGAAGCAGUCAUUAGAUAUCUCCACGUUAUUCAUAACAUUAUAAUCAGUUUGUAUAGAAUUUGCCACAUAAUUUUAUGACCAAAAUUAGUACAAAAGUUAUCUUCCCCGUUAUUGUUCGGUCUUGUUCAAAGCGUCUAGAGAAUUUGUUUCCUGUCUGUUCAGGGAGCCUUACUCGUUACACAAUCACGUUCUGUGGGACAGUGUGAAGAGGCGGGGGUUUCUGCUUUUGGUCAACAAGAUGCUUUUUAAAUCCAUUUCUAUAUCUUGCUCGUACGUGAGUUACUUAAGAUCAAUUUGAUGAUAUCACAGUGAAUUAUUAAGAAAAGAAUCAGACACAAUAAUAAGUAGUACUCAUUUCAUCUGUAUUUAACAUGAGUGAAGAUCUUGAUAUAGAUCGCCUUGUUCCUGUAAAAGAGCUGCAUGACGAUUUCUGCACCUUAAAAGAUUUAAGUUUAUGAACUUUAUUCCAUGUUAAUUUCCUCCGUCUUAAACAUCCCUUUACCUUGUUGGUGUCUUUUCCCUUAUAAUUUCAAGGUAAUCUUGUUUAUCGUUAAUUAAUCUUAAAUGGCUCAAAAUAUCGUACGUGUCAAAGUGAGGGAUACUCCCUCCUUCACCACUCUGGAACCUUCCUUGGAGCGGUAUCGCUUGUACUUGUAGACUCAUUCAAAUUUCCAGUUUAUCAAGGAAGUAAGUCUUUCCGCGGCUUCGUAUAUAAGGUUCUGUGCUAACGUCCAUUCUGAGCAGGUUUACUGAAACCUCGAUUUCUUGAAUAACAGAAACACAGGAGAUGCAAAAUAAGUAGAGGAUGUUUUCUACGAAUUUUUAGGUUAAAAAUAAUACCUAAGUGAUUGAGAGAGAACAGAAUCUGUGGCUCACGUUUGGGGGCGUCAAUGACACCAGCAAACAGGAAAAAUUUGAAAUGUAUAAACUAGGCCGGCGUUGGACUCCGUUUCUGGCGACCAGAGCUAAGUGCUUUUAAAAUUAACCUUCGUAUAUACCGUUUCGUUUUUUUUUUGUAAUAUUACCGACAAAGGAGACCUUAGAAACCAAUGUUGACCAUGUUCUGUGCGCCAGGCACGUUCGAUGGUUGCUCGACCGCAAAUUUGUCCCUUUACACCAACCUUUGCAUCAGCGUUUAACCUGAAAUGUUGUAGUGUCCCCCUGACAUUCGACUCGACGUUUUAUUUUUGCUUCAUUAAAUGUGAUUCUAACAUACUGAUUUACGUGAUUUUCAAUGCUGCUUAUAGUAAAGAUAGCAAAUUCAUGUCCAAAGAGGAAAUGUUUAAAACCAGCGGAAAUUUUAUUGGCUUACAGGCGCUAUUACGGAUAAUGAUAGACUUACUCCAGAUGUCGCUUUGUGAAUUGUAUGUAAUUUUUGCUGUCGUUCCACUUAUUUUCAUCUCGAUCACUCACUCAUUUCACCAUGUUUUUAAACAAGUCAAGCGGUCCACAGUUUAGGUCAAAUAUUCUUUGAACUAAACUAAACUAUCUGGUUACCAUACGGUAUAUGAAAGAAUUCUCUGACUCAACAACGGCACCAGAAACCCUAUAUGGCUUAUAUAAGGGAGUACCCCACUCCUCGCCCCCGGGGGAGAAACGUCUUUGUCCACGUUGCGUUCCGUACCGAGUGUGUUUUUUUUAUAGUUCCAUUUUUUUCUCAUUCUAGACGCUCUUUGGCUUGUUAAAGGUCAAUUUUUGCACUGAUAAAUCUGUAAUUUAAGUGUGUGUCAAUAAUGUAUGGCAGAUUGUCGGUGAAUUUCCUCUGAACCUAUUUACGUGCGCGAAGGGCAGCGAAAUUCCUAUCCAUUUGCAUUAGUGAAAAUGAGACUUAUCGGGUCGCUUGGUUUGUUUUUUUUUUAACUGCUGUCUACUUAGAUUUAGGUAUAUUUCUAGCUAAUAACAGUUGUAUUGUAUUACGACUGAGCGAGAAGCUCGCACGUUUUUCUUUCGAUCCCGUCCACCCGUGGAGCGGAAAUUAUCUUGCGCGUGUACGUGUUUUAUUCUUGACCACAAUCUCUUUCUUUCCCUUCACAGAGAUGCCGUGACUCUCCCUUUAGCCGGAAGUUAGAUCUUUGGAGCUUUUUAGGUCAGCACUAUUUGCUAAGAUACUUCUGAACUCUUAAAUCAUUUCCGGUGUACAAAGUGGUUAUCCAGCAAUCGCUGCACAAACAUCGCCGACGUUUUAUUGUUUAAACGUAAGCCUAUUAGUAACCAAGUUGUCAAAGUAGAAAUUUUACAUGCCAGUUUUCGCACUAAGAAUUGAAACACGCUUAAGCAACUUUAAAACUGAUGACAGUUUUAUUUUGUAACUGAUAGGAUUUCGUAAAUGAACUGGCCCCAAUUUAGAACCACUCCAUUUUAUUUUUACGUAAUCUCUGUUAACUGGCCCUUACAGAAAUUGCCGGUCAAAUGCUUUGAAAUCAAACUCUUAUUAAAGACUUGAACAAAUCGACUGUAUUUGACCCGGUAUUAAUUGUUGUCUUACUGGCGCCGAAAUACAAUUUUCUUUUGCGCUAAUCUUUCAAAGGCAACCCUUUCGUCAAAGUCAAGUUUUAUUGCUGAACUGUAGUCAUGAAAUUAUGUUAUUCCGAAUUCCGACUUGUUGCGGAGAAAAAGGUAGAGGUAACUUCAUUCUUUAAAGAGUCUUUAAACCGGCCCUAAAAUCCGAAAACGAUCAAAUAGAUAGUCAUCAUUGAUUUUUCUAGUAGUAAAGAGUAUUACAUUUAAAAAUGAACAGUUAAUCUUUGUUUGCAGAUUCGCCAAGAAGUCGCCUCGUAAAAUAUCCGUUAAUGCUUCGAAGCAUCCAGAAAUACGUGAGUAUAAGAUGAUCAAGAGGCUGAAUUUCCGGUCGCUUUUCUAGAGAAUUCUUCAUCCUCCUACGCCCUUUCGUUUUCCCUAAUAACCAGCCUGUUUACAGACCCUCGUCACCCUCUUCUCCUCCCUAGUCUCCCUUGAAACUGUUUUUGUCUAGUCACGCAACGCUCCUCCUCCUUUCAUUGCGUGACCAGACAAAAACGGCUGCGAGGGAGACCACCCCCUCCCAAAAAAUACCAUCUUGUAGGCAUUUCUUAUAGAGAUCAACUCCUGUAAUAACCUUUUCACGUUAUUAGUGUUUAGGUAAUAAAUGUUUUUUUCGUUCCUUUUUCUCGAGUAAUCAUGUAGCUGUCGCCAGAUAUAUUGUUGUUUCGACUGAGCUGAUAAAGAACGUUUGUUCUUAAAAUGCGUUGCUAGCCUUGAGCUCUCAAAUUGCAAAUUUUGUUAGAAUUUAAUGACGGCUCUAAAGUAAGACACAUUUUAUGAAAGAACCUCACUUAAUUCAACUAAACAUCACGACUUGACGAUAUCUUUACUGUCGGGAAUUUUUAGGGAAGUCAGGUUUAUGAAUGUUGGUUUGUUGAUUGACUUCUUUUAUUUUAUUUUAUUUAGACACCUAAAGAUCACCCAGACUGGAAUAAACUCGAGCAAGCGGUGAGUUAUAUGUGUGGCCAACUUCCAGAACUCUCCUUUUAUUUCAUCCAUCAGUGUAGGAUGUUGUUGCAAGUAUCUUCGAAGUUUUUCAUCUCCAGAAUUUAAAAAAACGUUGCAUUAUCGAAUUUUACAGUCGAUUUCUGAGUUAAGGUUAAAAGGAGGAGUGAUCCUGGAGCAGGCAGCAACAAGCUCUAUUAAGGGCAAAAAUUAUUGAUGGUGCUGACGAUAAUGACCAGAUGUUUCUUUUCUUGUCAUAACUUAAAAGUUUUUUCCUGUCCCAUAAUUCUAUGUAGAUACGUCGCUUACAAGGUAUUAUCGAAGAAGUUGACCGAAAAACAGGAGAAGCAAAGGUAUAUUUGACAUUUUUUUCUGUCUGUCAUUCAUCAAAUUGUUGUUUAGUUUUGCAAGACUUUUUUUCGGCGAACUCCUUUUGAUCCUUUCAAUCUCUUUCUUGUCAGUGCCAAGAUGUUCUCAGUAAAAUAGUAUUCUUGGACGACAGACAGGUAAUUAACAUUGCGUCUUUUUAUCACGAUAACAUGGGCACUUUCCAUUUAUAUGGGAAAUCCGGAAAUUCCGGUUAGAAAAUCAAAUGGUUCGCGCUAUUCCGUAUAGGAAGCUAAGUAAAUUAGUAUGGGCUGUUAUUUGAGGCGAAUCAAUUUUUGUACUUUUUUCAGUCUGUUCAGCUGAUUUGAAUAUACUUUGUAGCGGGUAGUUCUCCCAACACGUAUAAAUUUUUUAGCUUUAUGUUUGUGCAUAAGAUUUCCACCCAGGUGGUAAGCUCCCAUGGCACCAACUGGUAACCAUGUCGGUAUUUUAAACUCACAUUGCAAAUUUUUCUUAAAUUUGUGCUUUGUCUUCUUGAUGAGUAAAUGUUUCCGGUCUUAUUUCACGGCUCCUGCCACGCCUGUGGCUGACUGGUCCAAGUCGCCUUUCUUGUCUAUCAUUAGGGAGCUUCAGCAUCGACGACGGCAACGGCAACGAAAAUGUCAGUUUUGAAAAUGAAUUUCCUUUUUUUCAAUCUUUGUCGCGUAUAUUCCAAUUUGCUGAAAAUGGCAGGUGCAGGCGAAUUUCCCUGGAGUUGAUUUCUUGAGGACCGCACUCAAGUUUAGAUAGAGAAAAAGAGAUUCGUCGUCGCUUGGUUACGUCCUCCAUAAAACAUGCAAUUAGGCAUUUUCACGUCGUAGUCGUCCAAGGACGGUAAAGAAAUGUACAGAGAAGCGUGAUGCAUGUGCAGAGUUGUUGUUUUGCUAAUAUAAGCCUAUUGCUUUUUGACGUCUUCGUUGCCGUUGCCGUCGCCGUCGUCGUUACUAAAGCUCCCUAUUAAUGGUGCGAGGGAUGGAUGGGAAGAGCCACGGUCAAACGAUAGAAAUCUGCAAAAAUUAAAGGUCAGGUUUUCAUAAAUAGCUUCGGCAAAAAAGGAAAAUGAAAAGAUGAAGGGUGAUGCACUUUUAGGCCGCGUUUUGUCGGACAUUUUCUUCAAAUUUGCCCUCUAAGUAUUCGACCAGAAGGUUAAAAAAACUCAAAUAGAUAACACUGGGUGUGUACCCACGGUGUGGGAGAGCUUUGAGUCAACCAAAUUCUUUUUUUAUGUUUGUAUUUGCUGCAGAUGUGUCCCGAAGUGUUCAGAUCUAGGAAACUUAUAUGUAACGGCACACUGAGAAACAAAAAUGGAACGGUAAGAAUUGAUAUGCGUUCCCUGAAUAGUUGAAGUAGACAGUGUAACAAUUAAUUAGCUGUUGUUCCCUUCAGUGGAACCUCAAUAUUGCAAAGGACAAGGACAGUAGUUCGCUAUAGCGAGGUUUCGUUAUGUCGAUGUUCCUUUACACAUGUUUAAUUUUACUGUUAUUGGGGCAAAGAAUAUCGACUUCGCUAUAUGGAUAUUUUACCGUAGUUGAAUUUAAGAAGUCCUUGUAUUUUUAUCUCAUUUUCACUCGAACAGUCAGUCCCCUCUUUCGAAAAAAGUAGCAAAUUAAUAGACCACUUCCGAGUUCCAAAGACCCUCACUUUCAUAAUGAGGCCAAGAGCUCAACCUUUCUUGUGAAAAUGAGUUUUAUUUGCAUGAGAUUGAAAAUCAUUUCCAUAUCAAAGGCUGAGUACUUAACCUCAUUUUGAUGAACAGGUCUGGGGAACUCGGAAAUUGCCUAUUGGCUACUAUUUUGAUGCCACGUUUUAUCUCUUUCCCAUAGAAAUUACAAGUGUUUCUGUCCGAAGCAGUAUUUCUUCUCACCCGACCGGCGACAAGGCAGGGUAGAGCAAGCUAUCAAGUCUUCACACAGGUUUGUUGAAACUUUUUGCUGCUACUUUGGUAUUUUCCCGCUGCAAGGAAAUCUCGCUAUAAAACGAUGCGAUAUACUAACCAUGCUUCUUUCACCAUCAAAAUCAGCCACUAAUAAACAUCUUUCUGUUUCGUUACAGUUCAAUAAUUGUUUUAUCAUUCGAUCACCGAGUUUGUUUUUUAAUUAUUUGCAAAGCGAUCUACAAUUUUCACGCAAGAGUGAUCGCACGAAGGAGAAAAGCGUGGUUUCAUUUACGCAUGAGCAGAAUGUUGUUUGCAGCCAAACACCGUUAGACGACAUUGCGCAUGAGCGCAGUUAGUUGCAGGUCACGUGGCUCUAAUGAUGAUGUGUUUUUCGUGUAGUGCCUUGAAAACAGUUGAAAGUAUUUUAUUCCUUAUUAUCCACUCGUCCUUAUUAUCGGUAGCCAAUCCCCGUCGAGCAUUUAUUGGUUGAAGAUCUCCCGGAUGGUGACGUCAGAAUGGGGGGUUCUUUCAAAACUGCCAUCCCAAGACUUGGUACAGGUAUGUUGUGUAAACACAGUAGUCAAACAGUGGUCGUUACUGCAGUGCGGUUCACCAUGACCACUACACGCACUCAGACGAUCGUAUUUAACUUCCUUAAGUUUUAUUUUUCUCGUAACAUGACGCGAUAGUGAUAGUGAGUCUUGAAUUCUUGAAAAAGUCUUGAAAUUUCCAAACUAAAAUUUCCUGUCCUGGAAAAAAAACUAGAAAAUAGAGAAAACCUCCAGAAAAAAAUGGUAAAAUGGCUGGAGUUUUAUCUAUUUAUUUAUUUUCAAAACUACUACAAUUAAUUAAUUGCUAAAUGAAUUUUUCGUUAUCCGGUGGUCAAAUCUUAUUCAUUUUAGUCUGCAGCCAGACCAUCCAAUAGCAGAAUGAGAAGCUUCAGAACUCUCCGAAUUUCACUGUGGUUACUUAAAGUUUGCACUGCAUCAUAGGAAUUUAGGCUUGGCUUCUGCGUUUGUCGAGGUUUAUAUCAAUCACUUAUUUGAUAACCUUGAGUCUGGUAAAAGAAAUCAAUGUUUUGGAAAAAAAACCUGGAAAAAGUUUUGAAUUUUGCAUUCAAAAAUCUAUGCGAAUACCUGUUAUUUUAUCUUUUUAUUCCAACAGCUAGACACGUAUUUAGAGUAUCAAGUGUUGAUGCUGAAGGAGGUCACUCACAUACACUACAAGCACCGAAUGAAGAGGAGAAAAAACAAUGGCUAAACGCCAUACGUAGCGUUAUACCGUCCCCAGAAAACUACAAAACUUAUCUCUGAUGUCACGCAAUCAUAUCCCAAGUAACGCUGCACCUCGGCAGACCGCCAUGGCAACUGCGUAAGCUCUGCCGAACAGACUAAACCUCGAAAGCGGUUAGGUGUUUGUUUCAAGGAUUGCUUUCUUGUGAAUCUAAGGGGCUUGUAAUCCAUGGCGCGUGGUGUUAGGAGUCUCAAUCUUCCGUCGAAACAAACUGCCUGGUCUGCAAAGCCACGAAUUUGAGCAAAUGAGCGAUUGUUUGGCAAUGUGAGUUGUUUUUAUGGGGUCUUAUGACGUCCCAUUAAACUAGCUCGGACGUGGACGACAGGUCAGAGCUCGAAACUGUUAACGAGAGUCAAAUUUCUAGAACAGACCACUGCAGAAUUCCAUACUAGCCUGUUCACAGACCCUCUAUUUUCCCUUCAAAGUCAGUCGAGCACGGGUGAUAAAAUAUAAACCGCAGGGGAUUUAUUGACCGCCAGCGCAAGGAGGUAGUGGUGGGGGAAGAAGAUAGUUCUUUAUUUUUCUUUCUCGCGCUCCCCGCUCGUUCUCGCGCGCUUGCUUCGCACGCGCGCUCCCCGAUGUUUUCGAAAAAAACGAUAAGAAAAAUAAAACAACGUCUUUGUAAAGGCUAAUUCCAUACUGAUGACGUACACUUCCCAGACUUGGGUAAUGCUUGUGAUUGGUUGAAGCAAAUUUUCCUCGCGACACGACCAAUCAGAAGCCUUACCCAGAUCCUUGUAGUGAUACGUCAUCAGUAUGGAAUUUCUCCGCUCGUUCCUCAGACGUCAUUUCGCGGGGAAACCAGUGAUGGCCUCGCGUAAUGUCGACAGUUUUUCUCAGGCAGUCAAAUAUCAUAAAUGCAGUUUCAAUAACUUUCAUUGUUAACCACAACUGGAAAUUACGUGCUCUGUUCUAUAGAGCUCGCUCUCGUGACCUGAAAAUUAUCAAAUGGCUCCCCGGAGAAUCAAGAAUAAUUAUGAAUGCGCAUUAUUGCAGCGCGAGUUGGGGGUAGUUGAUAAUACCCAAUAUGGGAAUUUGUAUCAAUUUGUAUAGUUAUAAAGUAUCUGUAAAUAUGCUUUAGAAAAGGAAGUCUUUUAUUUACGUGAUAGAAACCAUAUAAUGGUAGAUGUCAUGGAUUCGGUCACAUCAAGUUGCUUCAGUAUUAUUUGUCAGGGCUGACUGGCCUAACCAAUCCGUUUGUAAAUUGAUUGUGCCUCUUUAGACAUCUCUGUAGCCCCACUAUCCACAUACAAAUUCUUCAGACUCAACUCUGUACAUUCCUGGAGAGUUAGUUGAGAGAAUUGGGUUAAGGAUAAGAAUGUUUCCCUGAGGUGAUCCUUUUAUGUAUAUUUAAAAAAACUGAUGUUACGAUCACUCUUGGAACUUAGAGGGUUACGUUUAUCAGAUUGGCGCAUACUACAACGCGAGACGUUACAACUGACUCGGGUCAAUGACAUCAUUCUCGAACACGUGCUAUAGUCGACCUUUUUCCUUCUUUCCUUCCAAUGUUGGCCGCAGAAUUGGAAAAACUGAGCUAAAAAAUCAAUGGUCAACAACAUUGGGAGAGAAGAACCGUUGCAAAGUGGGUUGAAUGUCCAUGAUUGCAGCUACAAUCAAUCAGAGCCUCUACUCACCUCGGACAGAUGGGGAAUGUUUCUUAUGAGCGGACCAGUCUCGCUGCUGUAGUUGACCUGAGUUUUAUGAGACCGAGAUAGGUUAAUAGUUGCGCGUUUUGGCUGCCCGUUUUACCAAAACCUUACUGUAGUUAGGAAAUGUUUGCAAUAAGAACAACAAUAGCUAACCUUGACCGAAGCAAGACUUGAAAUGUAUUUUUUAGUUGGGCAGUCGUAAGACAGAUUCUAGGAUGCCCUUCUCACUUGCUCGUGUAGUAGCCUACAUUAAUUGAUAAACCUUUACAAGUGUGUAGCGGUUACCGUUAAUCGCGUUCGGCAUGUUUUUCAGUUGAUCUCCCGCUGGGAUCGCAUCAAAAUUGGGGCGGAAUAUGGCCUGUGAAAACGGGCCUUCACCUAAAAUCACGGAAGUUGUUUUACAUGACGAGGGACUUCGAAAGGGCUUUAAGUCAGCAAAACGUCUAUGGGCAAUUAUAUUUCUGCAAUCCUGCGCUUAACUAGAGGCGUGACUGAUAAUGAAAAAUUCUUGCGAUGGAAAUAUAUCUCUUAGGUAAUAUAUUUCAUUUAUUGGAGCAAAGAAAUCUAGGAGUAAGCUCCUUAAUGUAAAAUUUAGAUACUGGUUGUAAAAUUAUGUACAAUGUAAAUCAUUUAUCUAUGACCUGGAAAUUUUCUAUGUAGGCUAGUUCAAUGUAAAUAUCUAUAAUUCCUUUAGUUCUCAGAUUGUAUGCGGAUGUUACUAAAACGGGCACAGGGGAACGGGCACGAGGAAGGGGAAAAUGAAAAAUGGGAGCAAAUGAAAACUGGGCAAAAAAGCAGAAUUGCAGAUGAAGUAAUUGAUAGGGCUAGGGUUCAAGUUAGUUUUUUUUACCAUUUUUCUUUUUUCCUUUCCCCGUGUUCGUUAUACCGUUCCCCGUUUCCCUCUUUAAGGUACGUGCAACAGGUUGUGCAAACGAACGCAAAAUGUAACAUCCAGUCAUCCAACAAUGUUGUGUGCGUUUGCACGGGGCUUAAGGGCCUGUUUACAUGGAGUUGGGGGACCCCAGGUAGGUGAGGUAACCCGCUUAGGUGGGGUAACCCGCCUGCCCAUAUGAUCUCUUAUUUUAAUUUGAUCACGUGUACAUGAUAGGUGGGGUGACCCGCCAAGGCGGGUAACUCGGUCUGCCAGACCGGGUAGCCCUUUCAGCCGGGGUCAAAUUUUGCCGUGUAAACGUUGAAGGUGGGGUAACCCGCCUAGGCGGGGUCCGAAUCGUGAUACAUCCUAUUCGUGCAAAAUUCACUUUGGCGGUAGUUUACAUCAUUAUUGAAGGAAAAAAUAGAAAGCCAAAGCACUGAAGGUUGCAGCAAGAGCAAGAAGUGAGUUUAGAAGAGCAUUAAUCGCCAAAAUGCGUGGUUUGCCAGGAUUUUUCUUGUUUACGUGCAGUUAGCGACCAUUCAAUAAUCUUGAGAAAGUGCACCCCGGGAUGGCGGGGUUGUAAGAUUGCAUGUAAAGGAGGGUUAUUUUUUACCCCACAUAAGCAGGUUACCUCACCUACCUGGGGUCCCCCACCUCCAGGUAAACAGGCC